UCAGUGUUAGAGUAUAUUGUGUUGAGUAAAUAGCGAAUUAUUUCUAGAUAGUAACUUUGUUUUAUUUAUGUAGUGGCGAAAAAAAAAACAAUAUGAACAUGUGCAGAACCUGCCUCCAAACUCCAGCUGAUAAACAUAUUUCGGAGCUGGAAACAGGCAUAAAAGAGACCAACAGAAACUGCUCCGAUAUUAUGCUGUUUUGCUUAGAUAUCGAGGUGACCACCGACUCCAAAAUAACAAGAAAUUUAUGCAGCAAGUGUUAUACAAAAAUCGUAUCAUUUUACAAUUUUAAAACCACAUCUCUAAAAAAUGAUUCAUAUUUGAAGUGUCUGGACCCAGCUUUAGGGUUGGAAACCCAAAAACUGUCUGUGUAUGUGGAUGAAAAUGGAAUGAAACAUGAGAAUGUCUUAGAUUCUGAUGAAUUUGGUUCAAGACUAUUAGUAAAAGAAGAAAUUAAAAUAGAAAUCGAAACAAUUAAUGAUGAGUCGCUAGGGGUUUUAGAAGUAAAUGUUAAAAAUGAACCAAACACAUCAGAAGGUGUAGAGUUAUAUGUAGACCCUCUAUGUGUUGUACAAAAAGUUGAAUCUAGAAGUAUUUCAGAUAAUGCUGAGGAAAAUGCACCAGUGUAUCUAAAGCCCAUACCUCCAAAGAAAGUGCAGUCUGUAAAAGUGCAACGAAAACGUGAAGUAUGUGAGGAGUGUGGCAAGUCCUUCCUUGAUGUUAAGAAGCACGCCGUCCGGCACCGGCCCAGGGUGGAGCGGCAGGCUAUGCAGUGCGAGGCCUGUCCCAAGACCUUUAUCAAUAAAACAAGCCUAAAACAACAUUACAAGAACACUCAUUUAGGUGUAAAAUCUAAAUGUGAUAUUUGUAAUAAAGUGGUGAUACACCUGACCGUGCACAAGAUGCAGGUCCACAACCCAGACACGCUGAGCUACAGCUGCGCGUCGUGUCAGCGCCGCUUCAUAACGCAGGCCGCGCUUGACUUACACGCCACGGUACACACCAGUGAGCUGAAAUUUGAGUGUGAUAUAUGCCAGAAGAAGUUUCGUUUGAGGAAUAGUAUAUUGAGACAUAUACGGGACUUCCAUCAAAAGGAAAAGAAUCAUCAAUGUAAAUUGUGCAAUAAGGCUUUUUUCGGCAUAGUGUCAUUCAAAACACAUUUAGAAUCGCACUCUAAUGAGCGGCUCUACAAGUGCAAGGAGUGUGACAAGGCCUUUAAAACAAUGGAGUAUCUCCGGAAACACUCCCGAAUUACUCACAGUGACGUUAAGAACUUCAAAUGUGAACUGUGCGGCAAAUGCUUCAAGAGAUCCUCCGACCGAAACAAUCACAUGCGAACACACACGGGAGAGAAGCCGUACCCAUGCCGACAUUGCGACGCGCGCUUCAGGCAAUCCAGCGCUCGCAACCGACAUGAGCUAGUCAUGCACGAGGAACUUAACAAGGUGUAAUGAUCGUGGUAAUUCAUGUCACGUGCAUCGUCAAUAAUCGCUGCUUACUUGCCUAUAUAGAGAACAGUGUAACCAUGCUGUUUCAUUUAGCCCCACCCCGACAUCUUGCAAGAGUUUAUAUCGAAUGGGAAUGUUGUUGCUUCAAGAGAAAUCAGUGUUUUCUAAAUACAAUAAGCGAUGUUUUAUUUUAUGUGUUAAAUAUUUUAAACAUUACAUUAAAACAGAUAAAACCGCUUAAUGCCGUUAAUGCCGGAAAUCAAAGAAGCAACUUCUUAUGAGUUGUUUGUCCAUAAACUGAAAAAGUACUUGAUUGAUAAAGCCUUUUAUAGUCUUAAUUUUAUGGGUAUUAAUUAGUAUUAUUUAUUUUGUCAUUAUUAUUAUUGUGUAAUUGCUUUUUAUUUUCUAUUCUAUGAUUA